CUGGUUCUCAGCUGCUAGUUGCAGCUUUUUUUUCCUACUCUAUUUUACAGACUUUUCAUGGAAGCUACAAACCCAGAAUGUAAAAGAUCUUUUGGAAUCUGAAUAUACAAUUUUCUCCCAUGAGAUUUAAUCGGUGACUGCUUUGUUUACAUGACAACAACUUGUUGAAUAAGCAUGGCUUUUGGGAAGAGUUCCAGAGAUCCGUUCAGCACCCCUGUGGGGCAUCUAAUUGACAUUAACACAUCUGCUACAGUUAAAUCUGAAGACUGGGGUCAGUUUAUGAAUAUCUGUGAUUUCAUUAACACUACAGGAAGUGGGUCCAAAGAUGCAGUAAAAGCUUUCAAGAAAAGGAUCAACAAAAGCUACAACCAUAAGGAACUGAAAUAUUCACUCUCACUGCUGGAGAUGUGUAUGCAGAACUGUGUGCCAGCUUUCCAGUCCUUAGUGGUGAAAAAGGAAUUUUGCAGAGAUGUGCUUGUUAAAAUGUUAAACCCAAAGUACAGCCUGGCAGUACAGAUGCAAAACAAAAUCCUUCAUCUUAUCAGGACAUGGUCGACAGGUUUACCAGAGAAUGUUGAUACAAGUGAAAUUAAAGAAUUAUAUUUGGAGCUGGUAAAGAAAGGCAUUCGAUUCCCGUCAGUGGAGGCAAAUGGGGAACCAGAGACUGAGAAAGCGGAGGUCUGGCAGGAAGAGAGGGAGCCGAGUCACAUGUCCUGGGACUCCUGCAGAGAAGAGCUGCUGGUGCUAAGAAGGACCAAGUUAGUGUUUUCCAUACCCACGGAUCACUCCCCUGCCUCAAUCUCUAUGGAGUCUACAGCAGUACAUCUCUCUCCUGAGCAGAUUGGAAAAUUAUACAGUGAGAUUGACAUGGUAAAAAUGAAUGUAAAAGUGAUGUCAGAGAUACUGCUCGAAACUUCACCAGGAACUGAGAAACCUGACGACAUGGAGCUUCUACAGGAUCUGCAGAAAGCAUGCCAAGAAAUGCAGAAGAGAAUUCUGAAGCUUUUAGAAACAGUGCAAAAUGAGGAAGUCAUUAUAGAACUGGUGCAAGUAAAUGAUGAUUUGAAUAAUGUAUUCCUAAGAUAUGAAAGGUUCUCACGAACAAGAGCUAACAGGCCGUCUGUGCUUAUGAGGCCAGCUCCGGUCUCAGAGAUCAAUGACAACCAGCCUUCAGCGCCAUCACUUAUUGAGAUUGACCACCGGUCUCCAGGAGUUAAUAAACAAAUCAACGCAGAUGAUAUGACUAUACCUUACAGCACCUUUUAUGAAUCAGUGACAGACACACCCUGUCCUCUGGUCACAGAUACUGGAACUUCAGUACAGCCUGUUCCUGGGCAGCCAAAACCAUUUAUUUAUCCCCAGAUGGAUUUACUAGGACUCAGAGAAGCUGUGAAUACACCGCUUUCAUAUGUGACCCAAACUCAAGUUCCCAGUGUUGUCCCAAGAAGCGUGUAUGACAACGUUUCAGUUCCAUCUGCAACACCUCUGCUUCCUACAGUUCCAGCUCUUCAGCCCACACUUAUACCUUUGCAGAGCAACAUAUCUAAACCCACAUCCGAUAGCAACUCAGAUGUUUCCCAGAAAAAUUCUUCAUUACCCGUUUACUACGAACUUUUAGAGUUUGAUCCUCUUGCUGAAAGUAAUGGAGUUCAUACAAAAGAUCCCAUUUAUGAAGAAAUUGAUAGCACCUUGUGGAAAAGAGAGGCGAAAAAUUUUACAAGCUGCUGAUUUAUUGGGAUACAUCUGCAGAAAAACAUGAAAGAAGAAUGAAAAACAUGGCAGAACUUGGGGACUUCUUUUGCGCUCUAGAUAUGAAUUAUCUUCUGUCAGACUGCACACUAAAAGUUCCUUCUGUCUCAAAGAUAAGGAACUUGUAGGUGAAGCACGUGCUUAAUUGCUCUUCAGACUCUGAGUUCCUCAUGGUAACAGCAGCUGGAAAUGUGUCCCAUAAUGCAGUGACCCAAAAUUUAAAAAAAUCACACAUUGUAGCCUAAUACAGCAUAUAUAUAUAUAUAUAUAUAUAUAUAUAUAUAUACAUACUGUAUGUAUUGUGCUGUUAUGCCAUGCCUCCUACAAACUACCCCUGCACUGGGAGUAAAAAACAAGCAAAGAUUAAAAAAUAUGUCACACUGUUGUCAGUCUGCCGUGGCACACCUGAGGAUCUCUCACGGCACACUGGUUUGCCACGGCACACUGGUUGAAAAACACUGCCAUAAUGAAUGGGUCGAACAAGUCAGCCUCUGAUUGAACAUAUCUAUCACUCCUUUAAAAAAAAAAAAAAAACUACUGAGAAAGUGGGAUGCCAGGGGUUGCACAAAUAGGUACAUUUAAUCAAAAGUGCAAAAUUAGAUGUUUCAGAUGCAUUGCUUGCUUAUAAAUUAUGGAGGUGACACGUUGAAUUGAAUGCAUCACUGCCAUAGCCCUAUUAAUUGAUCAGCAUGUGUCACAGCAUGUGUCCUUAUACAAACUGCUUUAUUGCUUUAACUCAGAUCGUGUUGUGUCACAGCACUCCUUAGUUCAAGCUUCUCAAGUUAUAAAUCAAAUAUACAUCCAGGAAGCUUAGUUAAACCUUAAAUGUGCUUAAGCCAUAGAUACUAAUAGUUCAAAGACAUAUAUUGCAUUCAGACAGGUUUGAAUUAGCUACAAAGAUGCUUCAUUUGGACUGGAAAAACUUUGCAAUUAAAGGGAUAGUAAACACCAAAAAUGUUAUAGUUUGAAAAGAUAGAUAAUUCCUUUAUUUACCAUUCCACAGUUUUGCAUAACCAACACUGUUAUAGAAAUAUAUUUUUACCUCUGUAAUUACCUUGUAUCUAAGCUUCUGCUGACUGCCUCCUUAUAUUAGACUUUUUGACAGACUUGCAUUUGAGGCAAUUAGUGCUGACGCUUCAAUAACUCCACGUGCAUGAGCGCAAUGUUAUUUUUAUGAAACACAUGAACUAACGCCCUCUAGCUGUGAAAAACUGUCAAAUGCAUUCAAAGAAGAGGUGGCCUUCAAGGGCUUAGAAAUUAGCAUGAGCCUACCUAGGUUUAGCUUUCAACUAAUAAUACCAAGAGAACAAAGGAAAUUUGAUAAAGUAAAUUAGAAUCAUGAAAGUUUAAUUUAGACUUUACUAUCCCUUUAAGAGCUGAUAAAAAUGGGACCUAUGGUAGCACCUGUUAACCAGUGUAUAUAUACAAACGUUUACAAAGCGCUCCUGUUACCAGGGUACAUGACAUAUAUCAUGUAUUCCAGCAGUCCCUCUUCUAACAAAACGGGGGUCAUCGCAAUAUAUGUCUCAAAGAGAAUAUGUUUAGUAAAUGGUGAUUUUUUUUUUUUUUAAUGGACCAGGGUAUUCUUAUAAAUGUUUUUUUUAUUCAGCUGUGAGCUUAGCACUGCUUCUCUUAAUUGGGCAGAAGCUGAAAGACAGAGCUCUUGACUUUCCUGCAUUUUUUAGUGUUAAGUUUUUGGUAGUUCUACCUGCUGCUCCUCUUCAGAUCCUUUUGAAAAUCAUUGUUAGCCAAGGGUUGACUAGCCACACCCCAAAACACAACUCCGCCCCCAGAUCCCCAUGACUAAGUCACAAGUGUUGUGCUUGUUCCACACUCCCUAUAUAAUUGGCCAAAAAUCAGUUUCUAUAACCCUCAAAUGCUGCAAAUCACAUAACUGUUUAGGCAGUUUGCAUCAUUUUGAAAAGCUAGGUUCCAUUUUUUUGCCUUUUGACCAUUUUAGGGAGAGUGUGACAAAGCACAGUUUUUAUACCUAAUGAAUAGGUGUUUUAAUGUAAUUUUGCUAGUGAAUUGUUAUUUUUUGAACAUUUCUAUACUAAAGGUUCUACACAAAAUGCUAACAAUUUAUUUUUAACUUUUAACCUAGAUUUAGUGAUAUCACAAGUACAUAGAAAAUAAACUGUUCUGUCUAAAAUUAUACUCAUUACAGAACAUGAAUAUUAUAGCAAUAAAUAAAACA